AUGGGAAGAGAAAUUGUUCACAUACAAACGGGUCAAUGUGGUAACCAAAUCGGUUCUAAGUUCUGGGAAACACUCAGCGAAGAACACGCCAUUGACGGUUCAGGUAACUACUAUGGUAACCUCGACCAACAACUCGAGCGUAUCAAUGUUUACUACAACGAAGCAGCUGAAAAAAAAUUCGUCCCACGUUCUGUAUUAGUCGAUUUGGAACCAGGUACAAUUGAAACCGUAAAAGCCAGCCCUAUCGGUGGCUUAUUCAGACCAGAUAACAUGAUAUUCGGUCAAUCAUCAGCCGGUAACAACUGGGCUAAGGGUCACUACACUGAAGGUGCCGAACUUGUUGACCAAAUUCUCGAUGUUACACGUCGCGAAGCUGAAAAUUGUGAUUGCCUGCAAGGUUUCCAAAUAGCGCACUCCCUUGGUGGUGGUACUGGUUCUGGUUUGGGUACACUCCUCAUUUCAAAGAUUAGAGAAGAAUUCCCAGACCGUAUGAUGGCCACUUUCUCCGUUGUUCCAUCACCAAAGGUUUCUGACACCGUCGUCGAACCAUACAACGCUGUCUUAUCUGUCCACCAAUUGGUUGAAAACUCCGACCUUACUUUCUGUAUCGAUAACGAGGCCCUCUACGAUAUUUGUUUCAAGACACUCAAGCUCUCUACUCCAGGAUAUGGUGACCUCAAUCAACUUGUAUCAUGCGUCAUGUCUGGUAUCACCACCUGUCUCCGUUUCCCAGGUCAGCUCAACUCUGACUUGAGAAAAUUGGCUGUUAACAUGGUUCCGUUCCCACGUCUCCACUUCUUCAUGGUUGGUUACGCACCACUCACCGCCAAGGGCAAUGCUCAGUACAGAGCUGUCAGCGUCCCUGAGCUUACCCAACAGAUGUUCGAUGCUAAGAACAUGAUGGCUGCAUCAGACCCAAGACAUGGUCGUUACUUGACAGUCGCCGCAUACUUCCGUGGUAAGGUCUCCAUGAAAGAGGUCGAAGACCAAAUGCAGUCCGUACAAAACAAGAACUCUGCUUACUUUGUUGAGUGGAUUCCAAACAAUAUCCAAACAGCCCACUGUGAUAUCGCACCAAAAGACACCAAGAUGGCAGUCACAUUCAUCGGUAAUACCACAUCCAUCCAAGAGCUCUUCCACCGUGUCAAUGACCAAUUCAGCGCUAUGUUCCGCAGAAAAGCCUUCUUGCACUGGUACACAGGAGAAGGUAUGGACGAAAUGGAGUUCACCGAAGCAGAGAGCAACAUGGCAGACCUUUUGUCAGAAUACCAACAAUACGAGAACGCCGGCGUUGAAGAAGAAGAGUACUAUGAAGAGGAAGUUAUGGAAGAAGAGUACGUCGAAGAAUAA